AUGAUAGUUGCAAACACUGUGUUCAAAGACGAGAAGAAUGGUCCCGAUGCCAUCUCCGCUCUCUCCGAUGUCCAACUGGGGGCAAGUACGAUGGUUAGAAGAGUGUCGGCUAUGUCCGAAAACUUGACGGAGCAGCUGGACCAGGAACUGGUUAAGUGCAGGUGGUAUCGCAUCCAGUGCGACGAGUCCGUGGACAACACCAGUACAGCUCAGAUGAUGAUGAUUAUCCGAAUGACAACAACGAGGGGAAUUGACAUCUACAACACGGUGAAGAGGUUCUUCGUGGAGAAAAAGAUCAUAAAUGGCAUCCGCUCCAAAGCCAAACGACACCGGACAUUCAAGGUGCUAUUGGAGGAGCUGUCAGCUGAGUAUGUUCUCUCUGUUGGUUUGAUAUUUGUGUUUGAAUGUUCAGUGUCCAACAGAAGCUUUGUCGUGCUGCAACACAACUGGACUCAGAUAUUCAGCGGAGAGACGAUCUCUGUCAGGUGUGAGAUCCAGGGAGGAGGAGACACCCAGUGGGAAUAUGAAUGGAGGACAACAAGCUCCCACCAACCAGUCACUGGUCCAGACACAGCUCCCACACACAGUGAAUACAGGCUGGGCACUGCCUCUGUUUUCCACAGUGGAGAGUACUGGUGUAAGGCCAGAGCGGACUGGUAUUCCUCAACAGAGUGGAGUGAGGCCUUCCAGCUGAGAGUAACACCCGAUAAACCCAGGCCCAGGCUGACUGCCGAUAACACAACCAUCACAGGAAAGGGAAGCGUAGCACUGAGCUGCUCUGUGGAGAACGCGUCUGAGUGGAGAUACGACUGGUUCAGAAGAACCUCAGCCUCCUCUGCAGCUCAGAUCCUAAGUUAUAAUGAAACAGAUGAUGGAAUCAGCAUCUCAGAGGAAGGCAUCUACAGCUGCAGAGGACGGAGAGGAGACACAACCUUCCUCACAGAGGACAGCAACCGAGUCACAAUAGAGAACAGAGUUUCCCACAAGGCGUCUGUGGCCCUGCAGCCUGACUGGUCUCUGGUCUUCAGCGGUGAGACGAUCACUGUCCGGUGUGAGGUCCCUGCAGAUGUACCAGCUGAGUGGGAGUAUGAAUGGACCAAACCCAACUCAACUAGGGUUCCAACACACAAUGAAUACAGGAUUGUCAAUGCGUCCUCGUCCGACAGUGGAAGCUACAGGUGUUUGGCUAAAGACAAGAAGAACUUGAAUUCCACGACCGAGUGGAGCGACGACAUCACAUUAACAGUUUCUGCAUCACCCGGAUGGAAGUAUUAUUGGUUCAGAGGUGAGAAAACCUCGGAGCCCCUGACGGAUGAGGAUUUCAAGUCCCAUGGACAAAGUGCUAGUGCCUCAAGUGAAGGACUGUACUGGUGCAGAGGAGGAAGAGGAGAUCCAGUUCACUACACCCAGUACAGUAACUCAGUCAGGAUUCAUGGAAUCGUCCACAACAGAGCUGCUGUGACUCUUCAACCCAACUGGCCGAACAGAUACAGAGGAGAAGCCGUCACCCUGAGGUGUGAGAUCCAGGGAGGAGACUCUGAGUGGGAGUAUGAAUGGACAGCAACCAGCUCACAGGCACCUCCCAACACAAAGGAGUUCAGGAUCAGUCUGGGGUCAGAUCUGAGCGGCAGCUACUGGUGUCAGGGCCGACUGAAAGGUGCACGGCAGAACUCCACAGGAUGGAGUGUUCCCCUCACCUUGUCUAACGCGGCUGCACCACCACCUGUCGUCACUGUGUCUCCGUCAUGGCUGACUCCUGGAGCCUCCGUGACUCUCACCUGUGGGGGGGGUCCACAUCCCACUGCAGGGUGGAGGUUCUACUGGUACCGAGCUGACCCCAUUAGUUUGGAUCAAGUCCCAAGAUGUCAACAGUCAAUUCCAUAUUGGUGGAGUGAUGUUCACGUUCCUGAGUUCAGUUAUGAGCUGCUCCCAGGAAGCGACGGAGGAACUGAACAAAACUCCUUCGUCAUCCAAGGCCUGACGGAGUCAGCAGGUUAUGCAUGUCGAGCUGGAAGAGGAGACCCCGUGUUUUACACUGAGUACAGUGAGACAAAGUGGGUGUGGUCUGGAGUUUCAGCGGCUGCACCACCACCUGUCGUCACUGUGUCUCCGUCAUGGCUGACUCCUGGAGCCUCCGGGACUCUCACCUGUGGGGGGGGUCCACAUCCCACUGCAGGGUGGAGGUUCUACUGGUACCGAGCUGACCCCAUUAGUUUGGAUCAAGUCCCCAGAUGUAAACAGUCAAUUCGAUAUGGGUGGAGUGAAAUGCACAUUCCUGAGAAGUUCAGUUAUGAGCUGCUCCCAGGAAGCGACGGAGGAACUGAACAAAACUCCUUCGUCAUCCAAGGCCUGACGGAGUCAGCAGGUUAUGCAUGUCGAGCUGGAAGAGGAGACCCCGUGUUUUACACUGAGUACAGUGAGACAACGUGGGUGUGGUCUGGAGAUUCCAAUUCGUCAGUGUCUCUCACACUGAGUCCGGACUCAGUGCAGCACUUCUAUGAUGACGUGAUCCGUCUGACCUGCAAGGGAAACUCUGAUAAGUGGAGAUUGUGGAUGUUUACUAGAGACAAAGUACUAAUGUCAGAGUGCAAGUAUCAGGAGAGAAUCACAAGCUUCACAUGGAAAAUGAAAUAUUUUCCUUCUGGAGUUUUCUGGUGUGGAUCUGGAUCAGAGAUCAGCAACGCACUCAACAUCUCUACAGCGGCUGCACCACCACCUGUCGUCACUGUGUCUCCGUCAUGGCUGACUCCUGGAGCCUCCGUGACUCUCACCUGUGGGGGGGGUCCACAUCCCACUGCAGGGUGGAGGUUCUACUGGUACCGAGCUGACUCCAUUAGUUUGGAUCAAGUCCCCAGAUGUAAACAGUCAAUUCGAUAUGGGUGGAGUGAAAUGCACAUUCCUGAGAAGUUCGGUUAUGAGCUGCUCCCAGGAAGCGACGGAGGAACUGAACAAAACUCCUUCGUCAUCCAAGGCCUGACGGAGUCAGCAGGUUAUGCAUGUCGAGCUGGAAGAGGAGACCCCGUGUUUUACACUGAGUACAGUGAGACAAAGUGGGUGUGGUCUGGAGUUUACCAUGAUGUUCUCCUGGAGAGCCCUGCCCGUCCUGUGACUGAGGGACAGUCCGUUACUCUCAACUGCUCAUGGCUCGGACCAAACCUCGAUUCCAACUUCACUUUCUACAAAAAUGAUGAACUCCUCCAAAGUGAUGUCAGAAGGGAACUGGAAAUCUCAGCUGUGUCAAAGUCAGAUGAAGGUUUCUACAAGUGUGAACAUUCAGGAAGCUUCUCACGGGAGAGUUGGAUGUCAGUAAAAUGUGAGUGUGAUCAAUAUGAGGUAGAAAAGGAGUCUCCAGGUUGA